CUCUCCCCCUGCCCCUUUCGUCCCCCUUCCCCCUCCUCUCCUUCCCUCUCUGUCCCUCCCACCGCACCGGCCUUCGAUUGUCCCCGCUCCGUGUGCUCCUCUCCUCCCUCUCUUCUCUUGAGAGCCCCGCGCUCCACACGGCACGGAGAGAGCGCCUGCUGGCUGGCUGCGCCGCUGCUGCCGCUGCCGCCCCCGUCUCCCCCCUCUCCCCACUGCACUUGCCGAUUGUAGGCCUUCUGCCUCUCGCCGCCCACCAUGUCGUCCGAGCGGCGACUCCAACGCGCCUCGGCUGAAGCUGGCGGCCCUCGACUGGCGUCUCCCAGCUCGUCCAUGGCCGCGGCUUUGCCCGGCUCCGGCGGCAAGCAGCCAGCCCCGGCCGGCGACUCGGAUCCGAUCGCCGAUCCGUCCAUUCCCCGGGCCUUCGGCCACACUGCCCCGGAUUUCCUGGACCUGGCGGCCACACUGCUGCUACAGCUGCACCGCGACGUUGAUGAGGACAUUUUGCAGAUCGCCGCCCAGAACCUGAUUGCCCGGUCGCAAAGUGCCUUCAAGAAGCAGUCACACUGGCUGCGGCGCGUGUCCGGGCAGCUCAAUGUCGGCCCGCAUCUGUCCUUCAAGAACCUCCUCGAAUCGGACUUCAUCCAUCUGGAGACCUUUCUCAGUGAUUUGACCAUCUUCUCCAGCCGCACGCUGGAUCCCGACGCCAUCGAUGCCGUGCGCAGUGCCGCCAGUCGCCUCAUUGUGGCAAGCUGCCUGGCCGUGGAUGUGGCGCACUUCACCUUCCUCUCGAUCCUGCCCCGCGACUCAGAUCUCUGCCUCUACUUUUGUGCCCUCUGUAAUGAGGCCCUGCUGGCCGUCGUUUCGGCAACCGCCAAUUGCGAGGACACGCGCCAUGUGAAGGAGAGCCUGGCCGUGUCUUUUAACAAGGCGUCGGUCUUCAUCGCUCGGCUGGCCGAAUCUUGCUCGCUUGUGUCGGUGCAGACCACCAGCACGCCGGCCCUCGAGUCCGAGCUCAACGGCUUUUUCGAUCGGCUGAGUCUCGUCAACAAAACCCUCAUGCGCAACAUCGAGAUCUAUCUCUCCGACAAGAGCGAAAAUCCGAGCACGCACCGACAGGUGUUCCGCACCAUUCAGGAAAUCCAUCUUCUCAUUUCCGAUCUGCACGCGGUGGUCCAGCGCGAGCUCCAACGCUUGCGGCACUCCGGCUUCCUCGGCUUCUUCCUGCAUACGCUCGAGCACUCGGGCCGACUCCUCGAUCGCCUCUCGGCCCGUGAAAUCGCCACGCGCAUGGAGGAGAUCCGUGCCAUUGCGGCCACCCUGCAGGAUCGGCGCUUUGAGCGGUGCCGCUCGGCCCUGGCGGCCGUGGCCCAGGCCGGCUCGUCCACCGUGAACCUCUCGCAUUUUUCUCUCUUCAGCAGCAGCACCGGCAUCAAUGCCCUGGGCUCUACCUCGCACCUGGGGUCCAGUUUGGUUCUGUCAUCGCUUGCAGCCAUGGAGCCAGCUGGCAGUGGGGCUGGUAUGGCCCAAAUGGCCCCGAUCCGGCCGCUGGAAAAGGUGACCACCAUUCCCGAGGAAGAGGAGGAGGAGGAGGAGGACGACGGUGUUGCCGACGAGGAGGACGAGGAGGAGCAUCUUGCCUCGACGGCUCCCGAGUCCGACAGUGCCCCGGGGAGUCCGUACAUGCUGGCGGGCAGCGGCCAUUUGGCCGCCAUGUCUCGCGGCGUCCCGGGCAGUCCCUCGGUUGCCAUCUCCUCCAUGGCCGAGGAGGAUGGCGAGGAGGAUGACAUCCGGGCCUCUCUCCUGGUGCAGUCCCAUGCCCCGGCCGCGGCUUCGGCUCUGCCCCCGUCAUUGCGCGUCAAGACCUCGCUCGACCCACUGGCCGUGGCCGCGGCUGCCGGCAACACAUCGAACCCCUCGUCGCCGGCCAUGCGGCCGCCGAAUCGCUUCCCCGGGGAGGAUGACUCACCUUCCGGGGAUUCCUUCUCGGCCACAGACUAUGACAGUCAAUUGUCGACCCCGAUGCUCGGUGUUCCGGAGCACCUGCCCCUGGCACCGCAUCGAAGCAUGAGCAAUCACUCGCUCAAGGACACCGCCGGACUCGUGCCGCUGGUCGCCUCUUCAAACAGCGCGGAGCACUUGCGUGCGUCCUCUCCUGCGCCGCUGUCCCCCGGCAGUGUGUCCCACUCGCAGCGCGUGCCACGCUCCUCGCUGUCCGGGUCUGUGUCUCCUUCGCCCUCCAGCGGGGGGCUGGUCCUUCAGUCCUCCAGCUCGGCGGCCAGGCUGGACGACUCGCGCGGGGGCGCCCUCACCCCCGGGGGGGCCUCGCCUGGCAGUAGUUCCUCGCAGCUGCUGGCUUCGGUUCGCUUGGCGUCCAGUGGCUCGGAGCAGUCUCUCUCGAUCGGUGGUGCUCCUGAGACUGCCGUCGGCAGCCAGCUCAAGCGCCGGCGGUCGCGCGUGUAUGUCCUCGGCCGGGCCUCCGCUCGGCCUGACUUGGGCCCUUCGCCAGCGCCCAUCAUCACCAUCCCCCACUCCGGUGGCGAUGGCGCUCCCCUGUCAGCGGCCGAUCUUCCCCCGAAGGUGUCCAGCCCGACAUCCAUCACUCGUUCCAUCACUUCGCCCAGCAGUCCGAUCACCCCUCUGGUGUCUGGCCAACUGAUGGGAUCCCAUUCGACGGAAGCCCUGCCUGGGGCCCUCGGCGGGGUGCCCGGCAGCCCGCGCACGCCAUCCGUCCCGACAUCCGGCCUCAGUGCCCGGUCAACCCCCUCGCUGCCACUGCGAUCGCCAUCCCGCCACUCGUUGGACUCGGAUCUGGACCUGCUUGAUGGUUUUGGCGGUACCGCCGGCAUUCCCGGAAGCGGGCUCAUCUCCACCGCAUCAUCCACCACCAACCUGGCCGGAACCUCCGCCGAGUAUGCCACGCUCAUGAGUGCGGACAUCGAGCGGGCUCUGGGUCAAGGGGCCCUCCUGUCGUCCGGUGGCUGUGUCGGCUCGGCUGCCACCUCGGCGAUCAACACCGGCGUGACGGCUCCCUCCUCCGACAUCAUCCUCGAACGCGGGGACCUGGAAUUCAUGAAUGUCGUGGCCUCCUUCCAGCAGCAGUCGCAGGAAGGGACCACCAUGCCCCCGGAGCGGUGGUACCUGCCGGGCCUCGGGCCCAACAACAUCUGGAAUGAGACGGACUCGGUGCAGAUCUUCCACCCGACCACGGAUGAAUGGGCUGUUCACUCGGCCAAGUUCAACAGCCUGGUCAUCUUCCUGACCUCGCCUUAUCAUCUGACUUAUGCGUCGAGCCAGAACUUCCUGAAUGUCUUCCUGCUUACCCUGCAGUUGUUCUCGUCGCCGAGUCUCUUCCUGGAGAAGCUCGUCGAGCGGUUCAAUGUCCCGCCCUGCCCGAGCCACAUCAACCCUGUUCUCUAUCAGAUUCAGGUCGUUGAUCCGGUCCAAACGCUGGUCUGUAACAUCCUUGAGCGCUGGAUCGCGGAGGGGCUCCAGUUUGAUAUCAUCCCCCUGCCGGAAAUCAUCGACGACGUGCGGCGUUUCAUCGCCCAGGAAAUUCACAGUUUCGAGCCGGAUCGAGCCAAGCGCAUCUCCAGCUCCCUGCAAAAGAUGGAGGAUAACUAUGCCCAUGGCUUGGCCCAGUUGGACUCAUUGAAGCUCUGCUACCCGGAGCUGCGCCCGACGUCGCCCUUCUGCUCGACCUCCUUUGUCAUGAAGACCGGCCCUCGGUCGCUGGCACACCACCUCACUGCCAUUGAUGCGGAUCUCUUCCGGGCCAUCCGCCUGGCGGAGUUCACCGCCAUCACGGACAAGCAGAGUUCCCCGAAUUUGCAGCGCCUCAUCACGCACACCAACCAGCUUACCAACUGGGUCAUGCGCUGCAUCCUUCGGGUGGACCUGGUUGAGAUCCGCCGCAAGAUGAUCCUCUGCUUCUUCGAAGUCCUACAGGAGCUUUAUCUCCUGAAGAACUUCAAUUCGCUGUUUGCCAUCCACUGCGCCCUGUCGCACACAUCCAUCAGCCGUCUGGCACAAACCUUCCGCGGGCUGCGCACCCGCCAUAUGGCCCCCUACCGGCGCAUCUCCGAGGUCUUCGCGAUGGAUAGCAACUACCGGAACUAUCGGCCGAUGCUGGCGUCGGUUCUCUCGCAGCCGGAUCACUGCCGGCCGCCCGUCAUCCCGGUCAUCCCGAUUCUCAUGAGUGACUUGACCUUCAUGCUGGAGGGCAAUCAGACGCUGACAACCAAGCGACGCAUCAACUGGCAGAAGUGCACCCUGCUGGGGAAUGUCCUGCUGGACAUUUCCCGUGCUCAGGCGGCUUCCAUCUCCUAUCGGAACAUGCUGAGCCUCAAUCUGCCUCGCAUCCUUUGGGAGCACAUCCACGGGUCGUCCUCCUCGGAUGCCGAGCUCUACCAGAUGUCCUACGCGCUGGAGCCCCCGGACAAUGGGUCCCACUCUCGGCAGUCAUCCAGCAGUGGGUCCGGCAUCCGGACCUCCCCUUCGCUCUCAUCCUUGACCAUGGGCGCGACCUUCAACUUGGGUGAGGGAUCGCGCUUGAGCUUUGCCGGCUCCGGCUUCGGGUCCAAUGGCGGCAGUGUGGCGCAGCGUGGUGGCAGUGGCUCCCACGGAACCGGCGGAGCCGGUGGCAACAGCAGCGGCUCCACCUCGCGCCUGGGCUUCCUCACCUAUCGCCGCCGGCCGCGGGCCUCGGUGGAUGGGCUUUUCGAAGGAGGCGGCAGUUCCAGCGCUGGCGCCUCCCCAGUGCCCCCGUCGCCGACCGUGUCCGGCACCGGUCCCCACACCCCGGACCAUGGUGCCAGCGACAUGGUGAAUGGAUCUUCGGCCAGCGAAAAUAAGCUCCGCCGGGCCCUGUCCCACUUGAAUGGUCGCUCGCCCGGCUCCGGGCCCCGUGGCCCGACGCACCCUCCUCCCCCGGUGGCUGUACACGCCCGCCGGGUGUCGGAGCCGGUUUCCUCGCGCCCGCGUUCGGUCUUCAUGAUGGGCGGGUCGUCAUCCUCCGGGCCGAAUGCUGCACCGACGGCCACCGGCCGCACCGGAUCCUUUGGGUCCUCCUCUUCCUCCUCCUCCUCAGGUGCAGGAGCCGGCAUUGGCGGGGGCAGCACCCUGCGUCGGGUGUCGGAGCCCUCACCACGCCCAGCCUCGGUCAUGCUAGCCUCGGACCACAAUGGGGGAGUCUACUCGUCGCCGGUGGCCGAUCCCUUUGGCAGCCCGGCCAUGCCGGUCGGCGGGUCAGCCGCGGGGUCUCUCUCGGACCUGGGCAGCUUCGACCGGACGUCGGUCUUCUUCGGUGGCUCGGGUAGCGGGAGCGACCCCUUCCUGGCCACAGAUGACUCGUCGGUCUUUUACUCGACCCCAAGUGGUGGCAUGCCGCCGCCGGCCUCGUCCGGAACCUCCCGACUCAUGGGCCCUGCCGGGACCUCCUCCUCCUUCCGGUCCGACUCUCCGCCGAUGGUCAUCACCAGCUCCCCCUCCAACUUGUCACUGGCCUCGGCGGCCGGCACCGCCCCGGCCUUGAGCCGGACCAAGUCCGACCACCAGCGUCGAUCAUUGUCUGGGGCCGCGUCCACUGGGGAUCUGCCGCACAUGGCCUCGGAGACCCUGCCGCGGUCACGCACCUCGGGCGUCAGUCUCCGGUCAAGCGGGGCCUCCAGUGUGUCGGUGAACCAGCCGCCGCCGCCCACGGCCACCCACGGUGGCGGAGCCCCCGGCCCGCAGCUCCGGACCGGCACCAACUCAAUGUACUCGAGCCACUCGUCGCUCCAUUCACAGCGGUCCACCGCCACCACGGCGUCCGACCGGCCGAGCUCUCCCUCAAGCAGCAUGGGCACAAUGUUGAAUGCCCUGGGAUCGCUGUUCGGGUUUGGCCGCCGUGACCAGUAGUCGCGCUCCCUCCCCCCCCC